GUAUCUCUAUGACAUAUUUUCACAUAAAAAAGUAAAACAAAACAUUCCUACAUUAAUUGCAUGUAAUAUGAGUGACAUGAUUACAGCUUUACCACCUGAACGCAUACAAACCCUACUAGAAAAUGAAAUAAACCGUUUACGAAUAACUCGCACAUCUGGAUUGGACCAUCAAGAUUCAAUAGACGAGGUAGAAUUUUUAGGUUACGAAUCAGAAAAUUUUAAGUUUGAGCAUCUGGAAAACGAAGUUGUAUUUGAAAAAUGUUCCGUCAAGGAAGGUGAAAUUGAAGUAAUUAAAGAAUGGAUUGUAGAUACAUUUCAAAGAAAAUAA